GAUCUACAGGGGGCGUGCUGAUUAGCCCGAGACCAAUCUGAGGCCGAGGUUGGGAUAACCGGGGGAGCACAGCCUCGCCAAUCGGAAGUGCCAGGAGGCGGGUCUGACAGUCCGAGGACGGUUACAGCGCCAUGAAUAUCUUGCCCAAGAAAAGCUGGCAUGUCAGAAACAAGGAUAAUGUGGCGCGCGUGCGGCGCGACGAGGCCCAGGCCCGGGAGGAGGAGAAGGAGCGGGAGCGGAGGGCGCUGCUCGCUCAGCAAGAGGCCCGCACAGAAUUCCUACGCAAGAAGGCCAGGCGCCAGAACUUGCAACCUGAGCUUGAAGCAGUAGAGGUGGGAGCCCCAAGUCCUGGCCCUGUGGACCUGUUUCGAGAGCUGCUAGAAGAAGGGAAAGGGGUGACCAGAAGCAAUAAAGAGUAUGAGGAGGAAAAACGACAGGAGAAGGAGAGGCAGGAGAAAGCACUGGGCAUCCUGACAUACCUGGGCCAGAGUGCUGCGGAAGCCCAGACGCAGCCUCCGUGGUACCAGCUCCCCCCGGGCCGAGGCCCCCCCCAACCAGGCCCAGGUCCCGACGAGAAGAUCAAGAGCUGCCUGGAUCCUCUGCGGGAGAUGCAGAAGCACUUGGGGAAGAAGAGGCGGCACAGCGGUGACAAGGGCAGGCCCAGCAGAAAGGAAAAGCCUUUGGAGAAACAGCGCCCCAAGGAGCCCCCAUCCCUGGACCAGCUUCGAGCAGAACGUCUUCAGCGAGAAGCAGCUGAGAGGACCCGGGCAGAGGCCCUGUUGGCCCGGAUCCGAGGUGGGGCGCCCCAAGAGGACCCACCAGAGGAAACAGACGAGCGGCGGCGGCGCUACAACUCCCAGUUUCACCCCCAGCUGGCCCGGCGCCCCCGCCAGCAGGAUGCCUAGCCCUCCCACUGACUCGUGCUGAGACGAAGCCCCAGGUGUCUGCUCCCAAGGGGUACAGGAGAGGCUGCUGCUGCCAGCCGUCAUAUAAAACUAUUUAUUCAUAAAUAUUUUCCAAAAUGAA